AUGCUGUCCAGUCUCGGGAACCCGCGGCAGGCUGCUGCGCAGCUAAUGAACUUUGGCUUAAUUCUGUCAACAGCUUUCAUGUUGUGGAAAGGACUGUCGGUUAUAACAGACUCGCCCUCCCCCAUCGUCGUCGUUCUCUCGGGCAGCAUGGAGCCGGCUUUCCAGCGAGGGGACCUGCUGCUGCUCUGGAACCGCAACCUCUUCUCCGAAACAAGCGUCGGCGAGAUCGUGGUAUACAACGUGAAGGAAAAGGACAUUCCGAUUGUGCACCGGGUGGUCAGGAAAUUUGGCAGCGGGCCCAAUGCGAAGCUCCUCACCAAGGGCGACAACAACCUCUCGGAUGACACCGAGCUCUACGCUCGUGGGCAGGAUUAUCUGGUCAGGAAAGACAUCAUUGGGAGCGUCCAAGGGUUCAUACCAUUUGUCGGAUAUGUAACCAUCAUGUUAGCCGAGCACCCUUGGCUCAAAACCGUCAUGUUAGGCAUAAUGGGGCUAGUAGUAGUCUUGCAACGCGAAUAG